UCCAGGUCGACACUUGCUCUCCCUGCUGCCCGCCGCGAUCCAUCCGUUCGCAUGGGCACAAGGGAGGGGUAGAUUCGCGAGCAGCACUCUCAUCCCCCGUUCCUACAUUUGGUCCUUCAGCACACGCCCUCGAUAUCAGUUCUGCAGCCUUGAAUCUGCCUUCAGCACACACCUUCGAACCAUGACCACUCCUCUUUCCAUUGUCAAACCACGAAAGAAGGGCCGUCAGCCUGGCCUCACUCUUCUCCCGGAGAACCUGGUACCGCUGUUGACCAGCUUGCCGACAGAACUUCUCCUCCUCAUCGUCUCGUUUCUGCCUCUGAGUGCGGUUGCAUGUCUCAUUCUGACAUCCAAGUACUACCAUGCUACUCUCGCUGACGAACUCGAUCUACGAAUGCAAGAUCCCGAAGAAAAGGCUCGGUUUGUUCGACUGCUGGAGAAGGAUCUGCCCCAUCUACUGGCAUGCUACAGCUGCAACAUUUUGUUUGACUGGAGAAAGAAACCCAAAUGGCGUUGUCCGAACUACGAGAACCAUCCUCUUCUCAAUCGUGGCUCACUCUUGUGCUACGUCCACCGCCCCACUUGUGUUUCGCGGGAGAUGGUAGACGCCUUUGUAAGGGGGCACGAAAAGGGUGCCGAGUAUGGUCCACAACUUCACAAACUCGCCCACGAAUGCAAUAGUGAUGGUGGAUGGUAUCCGACCCGCGGUUCGACGGUGGCUAGAUCUCUCGACGCCCGGGUGCAACAGGGGAAGCUCAUCCUUCAUGGUAUCUACAGGCUACGCGUUCCGAUUCCCAAACACCGUCUGAGGCCUUCGCCGGGCUAUGUCGAUCGAACACUCGGGUACUCACUGAUGCCGGAAAUGGUCAAGUUCAACGGCAUCGGCUGCGUCCAUCUGAGAAACUCUCUCCCUUCAGUGCUUCUUGAGGGCGUCUGGCACCUGCCCAGCGGCUUCGAGCCAACGCCAUUAUGUCAUGACUUGAUCAGCUGUGGAUAUUGCGCUACGGAUUUGCGAGUACGGGUUUCGGUCAGAGACGCUAAAAGCCUGACUUUCGAGGUGGAGAUGUGGCGAUCCCUCGGAGGCCGUGAUCCCGCCACCAGACACCGCCUUGAAGACGCUCACUUCCAAACUCCAGGCUUUAGGAGCGAGUUCCUGGAGCUGAAUCAGCCUCCCCAGCGGAAUCUCGAAAAUCUCUUCAAUGGAGGUUCUGGAAAGUCCCUUGGUCCGCACAUGUGGCAGACACCUCAAGAUCGCCAGACGUGGCUCCAGGUGUGGAUGUGGGCAGACGGCCAGCGCAAUGCCAGUUUGUGGGCAGACCUCCUUCGCGACGGCAACGCAGUGGCGGCAGUCCGCACUCCAUGGCACAAACUGUCCACGCACUGUGUCGCUCAGUGGGAGUCGGCGAUGGCAGUGGUGGGUGCGGUGGUACGCCGGAUUCAGGCUCGCGAUGCUCCUGCCUUUCAUGUCUUUGGAUUUAAAUGAGAAAAUUCAGCAGCACUGUGCUGCAGUUGCCGCAGCAUGGCUCUUCCUCGCCAGUCGAUCUCUCAUCAUCACUAUGACCGACACUCAAAGUCGGCUGGCUGGGAGAUGGACAUCAACUCGGGCGGUGG